AUGGAGUUGGAAUUGGAUCAGUCUUCAAGGCAGGGAAGGGGUAAGGAUGGUGUGGAGAUUGGUGUUGGGGAAGAAGACUCCAAAUUUCUUUCCAACUCAUUGAAUAAGCCUCUUCCCAUCCUUCUAAAGUUUGCUGACGUGGAAUACACGGUUGCCGUGGGAUCGGAGAGCACGAUAAGAAAAGCGAUGGGCAGCGAUAGAAGCAGGCGGGGCAUACUGAAGGGCAUAUCAGGAAGCGUGGGCCCCGGUGAGAUCCUGGCCCUAAUGGGCCCCUCGGGCAGCGGCAAGACAACUCUUCUCAAAAUCCUCGCCGGCCGUUUGGAUGCCGGCGGUGAUGUCUCCGGCGCUGUCACUUACAACGAUACUCCCUACACUCCUGCUCUCAAGCGCAGGAUUGGAUUUGUAACACAAGAUGACGUUCUCUUUCCCCAGCUAACAGUGGAGGAAACCCUAGUAUUUGCUGCUUUCUUGAGGCUCCCAAAGAACAUGACAAGGCAGCACAAGUACUCAAAGGCAGAUGCCAUCAUCAAGCAACUCAGCUUGGAGAGGUGUCGUCAUACUAAAGUUGGGGGAGCAUUUGUUAGAGGAAUAUCAGGUGGAGAGAGAAAACGAACUAGCAUUGGGUAUGAAAUCCUUGUUGAUCCCUCCCUCUUAUUCUUAGAUGAACCAACCUCAGGCCUUGAUUCCGCUUCUGCAAAUAAGCUCCUUCUAGUUCUUCAGAGCCUUGCCAAAGCUGGUAGAACAAUCAUUACUACCAUUCAUCAGCCUUCAAGCCGGAUAUUUUACAUGUUCGACAAACUUUUGCUUAUAUCAGAUGGAUACCCUAUAUACCAUGGCAAGGCAUGUGACUCUGUGUGGUACUUCUCUUCACUAGGAUUUGUACCUGAGAUUGCCAUGAACCCUGCAGAGUUCUUAUUAGAUCUUGCAACUGGUCAAGUUAACGAUAUCAAGAUACCCGAAGAUCUUAGAAAAUCGCUGAAUCCACAAGAUUUUGAGACGGAAGUCAUUAAGUUUCUACAAUUAAAGUAUAAAUCAGAUAUAGAAACCAACGAGAGAGAGGAGAGUCAUCAGAACAGCACCAUACCGAAGCAGCUGAGUUUGGCAAUUUUAGUAAAGAAGGAUUGGACAAUAGGAUGGAUUGAGCAGUUCUUGAUAAUAUCCAAGAGAACAUUCAGGAAAAGAAGCAUGGACUAUUUGGACAAGUUGAGACUUUUACAGACUGUUGGAGUUGCAGUUCUUCUUGGCCUUCUAUGGUGGAAAUCUAAAAUAGGAAGUGAGGCGCAACUCAGAGAUCAGGUUGGGCUAAUGUUCUACUUAUGCAUAUUUUGGACAUCUUCUGCUUUAUUUGGAGCAGUAUAUGUAUUUCCAUUUGAGAAGGCUUAUUUGGUGAAGGAGAAAAAAGCAGAUAUGUAUAAACUAAGUGUGUACUAUGUUUCCAGUACUCUCUGCGACAUGAUAGCCCAUAUUUUCUAUCCUACCAUUUUUCUUCUCAUUUUGUACUUCAUGGUGGAUUUGAGAAGAUCAGCAUCUCAUUUUUUCCUGACGCUAUUUGCUAUAUUGUUAAUUGUUGUCACAAGCCAGGGAACAGGAGAGCUCUUCGGAGCAGCUACUCUAAAUGUAAAAAGAGCAGGAUUUAUGGCCUCUUUGGUGCUAAUGUUGUUUCUGCUCACUGGAGGCUAUUAUGUUCAGCACCUACCCAGAUUCAUGAGGUGGAUGAAGCAGGUAUCUUUCAUGCAUCAUGGAUUCAGACUUCUUCUGAAAGUACAGUAUUCAGGAAAUCUCCUCUAUGAUUGCCAAAGCAAAGGAGGAUGCCGAAGUCUUCAAAGUUCACCAUCAUUUGACACUAUAAAUCUGUACAGUCAAUGGAAUGAAAUAUGGAUUCUUGCAGCUAUGGCUCUGAUUUAUAGAUUAUUAGCAUAUUUUUGUCUUCGUUGGAGAAUUAAUGCUUCUUCAAUCUGA